AUGGUGCUGGACCAACAGGAAGUGGCUGGACAUCUUGAAGAGGAUGUCAGGAAGAAGAUCAAAGAGGCUCUUCUGAAGCAGCACCAUCACCAGAACCAGAAGAAACUGGCCAAUCGGAUUCCCAUCGUUCGCUCUUUCGCCGACAUCGGCAAGAGGCAGUCUGAUACAAACUGCAUGGACAAAAACGGCGCUUCAUCUCAUCUCUUUAAGUCUCCUCUGUGGCGAUCAGUUGUUUGUGAUGGGAAUGAUGGGCAGGUCUCAUCCUGUUCUCCAUGUUGGCCUCUGUGCUGCUCACCUCUCCCUCCUCCCUCCUCCAUCCUCCACCCACCCAAACCAGAACCCCACCUCCUCCUUCAGCCUGAACAGAGACAACGGCUUGGAUCCAG